UUUUUAAUAAAUCCUUUGACUUAAAUAUGUAUUUAUAUUUUAAAAUAUGCAUUUUAUUUAAAAUAAUUGACAACUCCGUUCACAAAUGAUAGUAAUUAUGAACGUUUGUUAAUUUAUUCAAGUAACAACAACGAUAAAUUGUUUCGUAUCGAACAUCUUAAGAAACAAUUGACUUAUUGAACUCAAGCAUCGAAAUAGUUAAUUUUUAAGUGCGAUAAACUUAAGCAUCAACUUAAUCUAAAUUCAACGACUUGAUAGAAGUCUAUAGCUUCCCAAACAAUUAUUAGGUUUCAAGUCAAACCAAAAAGUAAGAACAAACUUAACCUUGAUAAAUAACAUGACGGAUCAUCAAUCAAUCAUAUUACUAUAGUUGUACUUAUCAAUUUUAAGGUGAAUGAAAUGAUUCGAGCUUAAAUUACAAGAGACAUGCAGCAAUAUUAAUGGCAACAGCAGAACUGAACCCACAUAAUUUAUUCCAUUAGGCAGAGAAAAUAAACAACACUAAUCAAUGUUAAUGUCAAUGACAUGUGCAUAACACAUGAGAAUCAUGAUGGUGGUAAACUUAAUAUGGUCAAAACAAGGCACAUGACAUGACAUGCCAUACUACUCAUAUUAGGUGAAACUCAUUUUUGCUAAAUAAAUAUACAAGCCAUUGAAAAUUUGAAAUUAUAAUGGUGGAUAUGAUUUUCUUCGUAUGGAAACCACCAUCGCCUUUAAAGAAUGUGAGAAAUGAAUAAUAAUUUGGAAUGGUGAUGAAAAUUCGAUGCAUUCACGGCUCCUCUGUUGGGAGAUCCAUGUGGGAGGAGAACGUGGGAAAUUAUUGAAUAAGAUUCAAAGAUAAUCAAAUUUAUAAAAUAUUGAGCUUUCAUGGCUACUUGCAGCUCUGUCACAUGUGAUGUUGUUUUUUCAGCCACCUAUAUAAUUCCCUCUAAAUCUUGUGAUUCUCAGCAGUAAGAUAUCACGAUCUGUUUUUCUCAUUUGUCUGUAUCUUUAUUCGAUCGAGUUUGGAAGCAUGGAGAGAAAUGGAGUUUCGAUGCUAGUGUUUGCAGUUGGAUUGUGUAGCUUAUUCAUGAAUGCCAGUGCCCUCACAGCUUCUAGAUGGUAUAAGGCUUAUGCAACCUUCUAUGGAGGCAGUGAUGCUUCUGGAACAAUGGGAGGUGCUUGUGGAUAUGGGAACUUGAUUGCAAGUGGAUAUGGGAGUAGAAGUGCAGCAUUGAGCACAGCAUUGUUCAAUGAUGGGGCAGCAUGUGGGCAGUGCUUCAAGAUUAUCUGUGAUUUCCAAACCAACCCUCAAUAUUGCAAGAAGGGUGUCUCCGUCACCAUCACCGCCACCAACUUCUGCCCUCCCAACUACGCCCUUCCCAGCAACAACGGCGGCUGGUGCAACCCUCCCCGCCAGCAUUUCGACAUGGCUCAGCCCGCCUGGGAGAAGAUUGGCAUCUACAGAGGCGGCAUCAUCCCCGUCAUCUACCAAAGGGUUCCGUGCAAGAAGCACGGCGGAGUGCGAUUCACGAUGAACGGGAGAGACUACUUCGAGCUAGUGAUGAUCAGCAACGUGGGGAACGCUGGAUCAAUCCAAUCGGUCCAAAUCAAGGGAUCGAAGACAAAUUGGAUGAGCAUGUCAAGAAAUUGGGGUGCUAAUUGGCAAUCAAACUCGUUUCUCAAUGGCCAAUCUAUAUCCUUCCAGCUCACAACUAGUGAUGGCAUAACCAAGCAAUUCCUCAACGUUGUCCCAUCUAACUGGGCCUUCGGCCAAACAUAUUCCAGCCCGACCCAGUUUUAAGGCCCAACGGGCCUUGCGAUUCUGGCUGGUUUCGGGCUCAAAGGCCGCGGCGUGCUUUUCUAUUUUAUGCUGAAAGCAGCCCGCCGGAAUAUAAUUAAUUCAUCCACUAGUUUUAAUUCUUGCACCCCAAUAAGAGAUUUCAUUUUCACACUGUAAUUUACACCUUCAUUUCCGUCUUUGUCCUUUUUUCACAAAGAUUAUCCUUUCUUUUCAUUUUUAUUUUCAAUUACACAUUGGAUGAUAUAGAAAGUGAAAUAAGAAGUUGGCUCGACAAUGCAGCUUCAUAAUGUAAUUAUAAUUUGAUAUAUAUUGUGAUUGUUUGGGAGUUGGGACUUUUUUUAAUUUUAAUUUCAUGUCUAGUUAUUGCCUA